GGGGUUGCACCGGGGUGGGACAGCUUUUUUCCCUCCCCUUCUCUCCCUGCCCCGUGCUCCUGUCUCAUCCCUGUCUUUUCUUCCCGCUUCUGCCCGUCUUCCCGUUGACGAUGGCCUUUUUUCGCGCGCUCCUGGACAAGAUCGACCCGCCCCUGGACUUCAAGGGGCAGCAGCUUGCUGAGCAAAUCCAGUUCUGGGGGAGCGUCGUGGCAAUGACCCUCACCGUGGUGUACACCUUGGUCACGGGGAAAUUCAUCCCCGACGCCUUCUACCUGUUUCUCGCCUGCUUUGGCCUCCUGGCCGUGAUCACCGUCCCCUCGUGGCCCUUCUUCCGGAAGAACCCCAUCCCUUGGGCCGCGAGCGAGGGAGCCUCUGGCGCUGGCUCCGAGGAGGAGGCUCGCCCGAUCGAGGACACCGCCGUCUCGUCAACCGUCGAGACAGCCACCUCGGGCGUCACCGUCGCCAGACGCUGAGGGAGGAAAUAGACUGGGCCCUUUGCUUUGA